AUGUCCGAUGUGCACAGAGUUUGGGAGGACGCGACCGCCGAGAAGAGCCUCGUUCUCACCCGGGAUUACAAUCCGCAAUACGCGUACGUCGCCAAUUAUCCCUGGUGAGUUCAUGGAAUGGAAGGUUACUGUAUGUGUUCUUUUAGGCUCUUUUUCGCCGACAACAAGAAGCUACACAUUGUGGCGUACUUUGAAGAGAAUCUGGAGGUCGAGUGCCACGUCAGAGUGAAGUUUUGGUUCACGAAUCAGGAAUCUCAGUUCUUCGAGCGACAGGAGCCAUUUCCGCUGGGCCACGAAGAGGGAGACACGUAUGAGAUGGAGAGCACGGACUGGGAAUCCGUCGAGAUCUUCUUCCGAGUAACCCAAUUGUACGGAAGUCCCUAUCUGAGUCCCCUCGAGCAAACUGACUGGGGAGUUGUGGUCACUGUGGGCGAUAAGCGCGUCUUCGUGAAUUUGGAGGUUCAUUCGGUCCACUUGACAUCAUUAUAUUGUUCAUUCAGACAAUCUGCCGUGAAUCAGAAGUGCUCAAAGAGCUGAGAAACUACCCACAGAGCAGUGUGAUCACAAUAUUCGACGUGGAUCCGGAUGUGUUUCUGGAGAUGCUUCGAGUCGUUAAUCCGCCCUAUAAGAGGAUUUCACGUAAGAUAGAAGUCAGAAAAAAGAUUACCCGGGGAGGGGGAGACGAUUAUGAGAAUCGGAUUUGUUUGCAGGAACAUGAUGUGAAUAAUUGGGGUAACAUUUGCAGGCGCCAACUUCGUCGACCUCCUCCUUCUUGCCUGCCGUUUCCGCAUGACUCCGCUCUUCAACCGUCUCGAACAGUUCACAAAAACGGAAGAGUACAACAAGAAGUGGAUGACAAAGUGGGUGCUCAAGAAGAUCGAACGCAUUCUGCAAGAGGAGCCGGGCUCCAACAUCGAAGUUCUCGACGAGUUCCGCGCGACGAAACGUCUCGAGAAACCGCUGAAACAAGUGAGAAUCCGAGAUCCAGAAGUGGAGAUCAUUCACGAGGACGUCGUCGUUCGGGAGACAUCCUGUCUGGGCGCGUUCGCGGAUUACUGUAGCGAGCAGAAGUCUCGCAUCAUCUACCUCCUGCUGACGGUUCUGCUCAUCGAGAACUUGCUGCUUCUGACGUGGUUCAUCUGCAUCUACAGAAAUAAGUAA